AUGCAUACUUCAUGUGGAUUGUCAAGAGAAGGUGCUGGCACAUCCUGUAGGUGGUUAGAGGAACAAUGUGAGAGACUAGAAGAAUCAUGGAAGCAAUUAACUGAAAAAGCAAGCAAUGCUUCAAGGCCUAAAAUACAAAGAAUUCCGCAGUACAUGGCCGAAAGGGAUGAGUUUAAAAGAUAUUAUGAGCCAGAGAUCAUUUCAAUUGGUCCAAUUCAUCAUCUCCGAAAACAACAACUGCUUCAAGGAGAGAGGUAUAAGGAAGCAUGGGCAGCAAUGUAUCUCAAGGAGACUAAUCAAAGUGCCAAGGCUUUAUACUGGAGAAUUCUUUCUGUUCUAUUGUUCUUAUCUCCCAACUUUCAAAUAUUCCAAAUGUUAGAGCUCACAUAUCUGGCAUGGAUGCUGGUAGUGGAUGGAUGUUCAGUACUUCAUUUGUUGGACAAUACAGAUCCAUAUUUGUCAGAUGAGAAACUCAAGAUUAGCAUGGGAAAGCUUAUAAGGGUGCACCAGGAUGUGGUUAUCUUAGACAACCAAAUUCCGUUCCAAGUGCUAAGGCUGUUGUGUGAUGGCGAAGACAAGCAGAGGCUGGAGAGAUGCCUCCAGAAAUUCCUCCGAGUUUAUGGUGUUGACAGGAUUCUCAGGCUUAGAAAACAAAAACAUACUGUCAAGAUAAUUGUCCAGGGGGAGGGAGAUGGUCAACAAGACAAUGAUGAUGAUGAUGACGACCCCAUCCAUCUUUUAGACUGUCUCCGGCGAGCGCUCUUAGACGAACGGCUUCUGGAAAAGGUCAAGGAAUAUAACCAGGAUAAGAGAGCCUCCAACAACGUUCAGCUGGUGCAAGGACUGUACCAAAUGCUGCACCUCAGGAAGUAUAGGAUUGGGACAAUUCGGGAGCUCAAGGCAGCUGGGAUUCAUGUGAAAAAGCAUUCUGGCGACUCCAAUUCUUUCUACCCGUGCUUCUGCAAUGGGAUACUAGAACUUCCUAAGCUCACUACAGAUGGUUCAACGGCUCAUGUCUUCCUCAACCUAGUGGCCUAUGAGAUGUGUCCUGAUUUCCAAAACGACUUCGAAAUCAGCUCCUUUUUGGUGCUCUUGAGCUCUCUCAUUGAUCACCCGGAGGAUGUGAGGGAGCUGAGAUUGGCUGGCAUAGUUAUCAACCAACUUGCCAAUGACAAGGAAGUGGCUGAUCUCUUUAAUAACAUGGACAUUAUUAUGGUGCCUGAGACACCAUGGUUUGCUUCCAUCAGAGACCAAAUCCAUUCGCAUUUUGAGUCCAAACAAGCCAAGAUCAGGAUGCUCACUUGGAUCGGAGAGGCCUAUAACACAUACUUUCGUUCGCCAUGGACUAUCAUUGCCUUGUUAGCUGCCACACUUGGCCUUAUUCUCACUUUUAUCCAGACAUGGUUUGCUCUCCAUCCUAAAGCUUCAUAA